AUGUCCAAUAAAUUGAUAUUUAUCACCGGAGCCACUGGCUUCAUUGGCAGCGCCACUGCAGUGGAAGCUCUUAAGGCAGGAUAUCGAUUGCGAAUUGGUCUUCGCAAGCCAUCUGAACAAUUACAAACUCUGCUGUCCGAGUAUAGUGACCAAGUUGAAUUUGUGAUCAUUCCAGACCUCACUGAUGAGACUGCAUUCGACGACAAGCUGAACGGCGUGGACUAUGUCCUUCAUCUUGCAUCUCCUCUUCCCCAUGGAACCGACAAGCAAACCUACUUUCCCCCAGCUGUGAAAGGUACUACUGCUUUAUUGAAAGCAGCAACAAAGGUGCCAACCAUCAAGAAAGUCGUGAUUACCUCGUCUAUUGCGGCUCUUAUUCCAAUAUCUGGCAUCCCUACCGGUGAGGACAACGAUUGGGACUUUUCGGUUGAUGAAAACAGAGAUUUCGAGGACCCUCAAAACCCGGCUGUAACAGCAUUGCGACUGUAUAUGGCCUCGAAACUUCUUGCAAACAACGCAACUUGGGAGUUUUGGGCAACAGUCAAGCCGCAGUAUGCAUUGGUGACACUUCAUCCUGGCUUUGUGUACGGGCAAAAUCUUGUUCAGAAUUCUGCGGACGGAAUCCAAAGAGGAUCCAACGGUAAUCUGUGGAAUCUUAUUAUGAAGGGAAUCCCUCCUGUGAAUACUGCAGGAGUGCAUAUUCAAGAUGUGGCAGAAGCGCACAUUAAAGCACUGGAUCCCAAGGUCGGGGAUGGCUCGAAGUAUCUACUGGUCGGGCCAAAGACGACAGGCCCCGAGAUUGCACGCAUUGUGCAAGAGCUAUAUCCAGAUGCUGGAGCAAUGAUCUCUGAGAACUCGGAGGUUGACUCGGUCCCAUUUGAUACGACCAAGGCGGAGACAGAGCUUGGGAUUCAAUGGCGCUCCGUCGAGGCGAUGGUGCGGGAUGUGAUGGACCAGCAGCUGGGGUUCCUAUAA